ACUCCACCUCUCUGAGUUCGAUUCCAAAAUGUUGCUGGUAAAUGGGAGGGAGCUGGCUCUGCGUACUUUUAAGGCGAGGAAAGGCAGUGCGGAGUUCCUGUUCUAACUUUUUUAUCCAGCCAUAAACUGCUGGCUGAGGCAGCUGUAAGACGGUGAAAAGCAAUUGGCUUGGCCACACUUCUGCUUGUCCCAUGCACGGGUCCAAGAGGUCUUCCAUUUCUCCUUUGCUUUCUAGAGACACAAAGCACACAUUUAAAAAAUGCCAGACGAAAGGAGCGAUGGUUUCUUCAAACGACUAUCUCAUGCAGGCUCAAUUUUCACUAUCAGAUUCUUCGUUUUUUGCCAGGGAUUUCUGCAGCUCUCUCAGCUGAUGACGUCUGGCCUUGUGAAAAGCUCCAUUUCCACAAUCGAGAAGCGCUUUGGACUGUCCAGCCAGAUGGCCGGCAUGGUGGUCUCCUUCAACGAGGUGGGAAGCACGCUGCUGAUCGCCUUUGUGAGUUACUUGGGCUGCAGAGUCCACAGGCCCCGCUUCAUUGGCUAUGGGGCUGUCCUCGUCUCCAUGGCUGGUCUGGUCAUGUCGCUUCCUCACUUUAUCUCGGGACCCUACGAAUAUGAUCGCUCCGUUACUGGUUCGGCAAGUACCACUUCAGACAUAUGCCUCCCAACCCGGAAUGAGACAGAAGUAUGCACUGAAUCCCAAAGGAAAGAAACCCGAGUGGUUGUGAUGCUGCUCUUACUUGGGCAGACUCUGCUGGGGAUUGGCGGGGUUCCCAUCCAGCCCUUUGGCAUCUCAUACAUUGAUGAUUUUGCCAGUAAGAGCAACUCCCCUCUCUAUAUAGGAAUCCUCUUUGCUGCAACUACAAUGGGUCCUGCAUUAGCAUUCAUAGUGGGGGCAGCUACAUUGCGCUAUUUUGUUGACAUUGAUAAAAUGUCCUCAGCGGACAUUCACAUUAAUAACAAAGAUCCACGAUGGGUUGGAGCCUGGUGGCUCGGUUUCAUAAUCUCCGCCAGCGUGGUCGCCAUCGCUUCAAUACCUUAUUUCUUCUUUCCAAAAGAGCUGCCUAGAGAGGAAGAGUUGCCCCAGAACAGCCCUUCGGAACCUCAAAACAACGACUUGCUACCUGCAAAAAGUAACCAAAAAGAACUGAAAGACUACACUCUGAAAGAGUUCCUCAAAAUGUUUCCUGUGGUUUUCAUGAGGCUGAUGAAGAACCCAAUCUUGGUUGUGGUCAUCUUGGCUAUGGUCAAUCUCUCUGGCAUGAUUGCUGGCAUAGCAACUUUCAUGGCCAAACUGUUGGAGAGGCAGUUCUCCCUGACAGCAUCUGUUGCCAACAUGAUCCUAGGAGCUAUCAACAUCCCGAGUGGCAUGUUCGGAAUCGCCCUUGGAGGUGCCAUAAUAAAGAACUGCCGCCUCUCCCUCACCCAGAUCGCCCUGAUGUGUGUAAUCAGCAUGGGUCUCUGUACCAUCUGUGACGUGCCGCUCUUCUUCUUGGGCUGCCAGACGCAGGAGGUGGCGGGCCUUGACCUUUCUGGAAGUUCUGGAAUUGAGGAACAUGUUUUCGAUUGUAACCAAAUGUGCAAAUGCUCCCCGUCAGCCUUUAACCCUGUGUGCGGUGUGAAUGGUAUUGAAUACAUCUCCCCUUGCUACGCUGGCUGCACAGGGCUAGAUGUCGAUUCCGAAACACAGAGAGUUCUGAACUACACCAGUUGCAACUGCGUUGUUGUCGAUGGCGGCUAUGGAUCUGCUUCCCCCGGGAGCUGCAGCUUUCAUUGUAGCAAAUUCCUGAUGCCUUUUGUGACUGUCGCCUCCUUGUCCACGUUCCUGGGGAGCCUCACACACACGCCAGGCUUCGUGCUUGUUCUCAGAAACGUUGACCCUGAAGAUAAGUCUUUUGCCAUAGGGCUACAGUUCCUCAUGCAGAGAGUUCUAGCCUGGUUGCCUGCCCCAGUGGUGUACGGUAGCCUCAUCGACACCUCCUGUGUCCUGUGGCAAUACAAGUGCCAAAAGAGAACAGCCUGCAGAUACUAUAACAAUGUCUUAUUCCGGCACAGGUUUGUUGGCCUUCAGAUUUUAUUGGAAGCAAGCUGCUUUUUGUUGCUUUGCAUUAUAUACUUCAUGUUAAAAAAUAAGGAGAGUGAGGCCCGCAGAGAAUCCAUCGCCAGCUCCCCGCCACCGGCCCAGGAGACAGCUGCUUGACCAACCCACCAGGACCUCCAAUUUCUAUUCUGCCAAAAGAAGAGGCCAAGCUGCAGAGGUUAAGCACGUGUCCCGGCUGCGAUGCGAACAGAACGAGACUGAAGACAGAGCAGACUUCCUCGUGCCGUGUUCAAUUCUGGCACUUUUAUCCGUUCCUUCUUUUGUACAUACAACUUGGUGUUAGCUGCCCAAGUGCCAUUUGGCAAAGGGCAAGAUAUAAAUAUUUUACAUAAACAUAUAACCCCACCUGUCAGUCAUAACAGGACCCCCAAGCUGAUCAUUAGACGCUGCAUACCACCUUGGGUGCAACGUCUUAUAUUUCCUUCCUGGAGAGAGGCCUGUGGUUCCAUUUUGGUGGCUCAAGGUGAAGAGCAGUGGGAAAUUGGGCAACGGCACCAGCAAGAGGAGGCUGCCUUUGUCUGCUACAGAGAGAAGGAGAAUCCUUGUGGUUGAACCCUUCUUAUCCUCAUGGAGGAAGCAGCGACUCCCUACAAUCCCGUCACAAUAUCCCCUUUACAUAUAGUAACAGCACAGGGAAGUGGCGCCGUAACGUGCCCAUUUUACGGACAGAGAACUGACAUAAUGACCUCGUCCAAGAGAGUCGGGUGGACUGGCUGUUCUAAAGCCCGAGGCUGUCACUACUGGAUUACAUGGACUCUCAAAGAAGAGAACCAGUAAGGGCUGGAAUAAUUCCUUCCAGGAGUAAUCGCUUUUGUAUAAAAAGAAAGCUUAUAUUGGCAAUAAUAUAUCCUGUGGCAUUGUGAAUUUAUUAAAGGUUUGUGUCAGUUACGCUGGGGCAAGUUAGUCUGACUCCAGGGGAAGUGUUGUUUGGAACAUGUCAUGUUAUGGGGAGUCUACAGAAGUCAUCACACUUGGUCCACGUUUGGGUCAGGAAAGUGCAGGAAUGGGUACGGGGUGCUUCCUUCAACUUCUGGAGAAUCCCAACUGUCCUUUCAAAAAAAUAAAAGCAAGCCUCGGAAGUGUGUGGGUCGAGGGAUGGCCAGAAGCUGAGGUUUGGGGGUAGGCAUAUGAAGCUAUCUUGUAGUCGCUGAUCAGGGUAUCUCAAUCCUGUAAUCCUUUUGAGUCAAAAACCUGGGGAAUUCUGAGUGCAAAACUGGUGCUCUUGUGAGUGAGCCAUCACCUCCCCAGGUAAGGAUGGGAGAGAGAUGUGCUAGUAGGCAAACCUACCCAAUUCAUAUCUCCCAAACCAAUAAGCGAACUGAAACACCUAACCUUCAAAGUUCAAACUUCUCCAAAUUUGGAGGCACAGUUCUCCAACCAUAAGGUGUGUGAAAACGCUUAUCUUGAUGAAAACGUUGUUUUCUUUAAGUUCUGUCCGGCGGCCCUUCCUCCCAGAGGACCUCAGAGCAGCGAACAACAAGGGAUACAAACAUAUUAAAACAAUUACAGUACAGAUGCAACCUAGAAAAGAUCUUGACUUCAACAGCUUGCUGGAAGAGGAAAGUCUUCAGCAGGUGCUGAAAAGACUACAGAGUCUGUGCCUGACUAAUAUUCAGGGGGAUGAAAUUACAAAGGGUCGGUGCCACCACACUAAAGACCUGAUUCCUCUCUCAUAGGGACUGGACCUCCUGAUAAGAUAGUAUCCAAUCUUUCAGAUCUCCUAGUCCCCAGCUGUAUAGGGUUUUAUGCACACCAAAACCAGCACCUUCAACUUAGCCUGAAUUUUGUAUUGAUAAGAAAUACACUGGAAAACAAUAAGGAAGAACUUGCAGCGCUCAGUUUAUAACACAGGACACGACUUUAUAAUGUGAUCAUGGGGCAGCUACAUAAGAACAGUAAGAGCUGACAGUAAGAGCUGUUCGGCAGUGGAACUUGCUGCCAAGGAGUGUGGUGCAGUCUCCUUCUUUGGAGGUCUUUAAGCAGAGGCUUGACGCCAUCUGUCAGGAAUGCUUUGAUGGUGUUUCCUGCUCGGCAGGGGGUUGGACUGGAUGGCCCUUGUGGUCUCUUCCAACUCUAUGAUUCUGUGAAAUAUAAUUAUAAAUGAACCUCUUACAUACCCUGUUUCUCAUAUUUUAAGACAUACCCAUAAAAUAAGCCAUAGCAGGAUUUUUAAGCAUUCAAGGAAUAUAAGCCAUACCCCGAAAAUAAGACAUAGUGAUAGGCGCAGCAGCAAUGCCGGCCACGGCAGGAGGAGGAGGAGGAAAAAAAUAAGACAUCCCUUGAAAAUAAGCCAUAGUGUGUUUUUUUGAGGAAAAAAUAAAUAUAAGACGUGUCUUAUAAUAUGAGAAACACGGUAUGUACCUUAAGUUAGGUGUGCCAAAUGGGGGGGGGGGGAGAGAGCAGACGCCUCCCCAAAAAAAAUUCAGUGAAGGGGCUGGGAGUCCUCAAAGUUCUGUGGCAGCCAUGCAGGCACAUUGCAGAGCAUGCUUGCGUCACACGUUCAAGCUGCACAUAU